UGUAAACAGAAUGACAAAAUUAAGUUCUGAACUUUCAGUCCUGGUGUGCCUUAAAGCCAGCAACAGAAGAAAUUGCUAUGUGCUGAAAGGAGUUCAAAAAUUACUGUCCAAAAUCAGCAAGGUGAAGAACGCUAUGCUACCUUUGGGAUUUUUCAAUAUGAAUUCAUGGAACUUUUGAUGCUUUGGCAGUGGAGACAUUAAUUCUUUCAAGCUUUGCUUAUAAGAGCACGAACUUCCCAUUAGCACAAUGAAUUCCACUCAUUCUACAUUCUAUUUGCCGACAACGAACAGCACAGAAGAUCUGAAUGAAAGCAGUAACCUGAACAACAGUGCAGCUUUCUGUGAACAGGUCCCAAUUAAAUCUGAAGUGUUUCUGACUCUAGGAAUCAUCAGCCUCUUGGAAAACAUCCUCGUUAUACUUGCAAUUCUUAAAAACAAAAACCUCCAUUCUCCAAUGUAUUUUUUUCUCUGUAGUCUAGCAGUGGCAGACAUGCUGGUAAGUGUAUCUAAUGCCUUGGAGACAAUUGUAAUUGCAUUUUUAAACAAUGGCUACUUAGUGGCUACUGACCAGUUUAUUCAACAAAUGGACAAUGUUUUUGACUCAAUGAUCUGUAUUUCCCUGGUGGCAUCAAUAUGUAAUCUACUGGUUAUUGCCAUUGACAGGUACAUCACUAUCUUCUAUGCUUUGCGCUACCACAGUAUUAUGACGGUAAAACGGGCUUUAAUUCUUAUGGUAAUUAUUUGGAUUACUUGCAUCUGCUGUGGUAUCACCUUCAUCAUUUAUUCAGACAGCAAAACAGUUAUCAUUUGUCUUAUCACCAUGUUCUUCACCAUGCUUUUCCUCAUGACUACCCUUUAUGUCCAUAUGUUUAUGCUUGCUCGCCUACAUGUUAAAAGAAUUGCCACGUUCCCAGUUAAUGGUAUCGUCCAACAAAGGACUUGCAUGAAAGGGGCAAUUACCAUCACCAUCCUCCUUGGGAUCUUCAUUGUCUGUUGGGCUCCUUUUUUCCUUCACCUUAUCCUCAUCAUAUCGUGUCCGAAAAAUCCAUACUGUAUCUGUUACACAUCACACUUUAACACAUACCUGAUUCUCAUCAUGUGUAAUUCGGUCAUUGAUCCCAUGAUAUAUGCCUUUCGAAGUCAGGAGAUGCGCAAGACUUUCAAAGAAAUCUGCUAUUGUGUGAGUCUCAGCUUAUGUUGUAAGUGGUAACUUCAUCAGCUUCACAUGACUGUAACAGGUCUGUUUGAACUACUGGAGCAGGGUUUUAACACAUUUCAGACAACCUCACAUUACAAUGCUGUGAAAAGGAAACUUUCGGACAGAAUUUUGGAUGAUGGAAGUCCUGAAUCAAAGUCUUCAGCAAAUUUAUGCUGAAAAUUGUGGUCGCAGCUUUUGGAGAGACUAAAAAUAGACUGCAUUACUCUUUCCUGAUAUUUUAAAGUAAAUGCAUGAGCUUCAAUUGCAAAUGAUGCCACAAAAAUGCAAACCCACAUUUGAUUACAAUGUGAUUGUGUACAUUUAUGAAUUUAAAUGAAGAGUAGUUGGAAAUGAUAAUGGGGGUCAUUAGUGAAUAACAGGUUUGUUUGACAUCCCAAUGUUUCCUACCGGAAUAGAAGAAAUAUACAGUUUAUUUUAAACAGGAAACAUAGUUAAAAUUACAAAGGAUGCCUUUUGACCAGGUAUAAGGUCACUGGUUGAUAUAAUCAAGUCAUUUAUAUCUUUUUUCCCGUUCAUGUAAGUCCUGUCUUUGAUCGUUUCAACAGUGCUGCUGUGCAUGUUAAUAGUCUGUGGUUGCUCAAGCAGUAUAAAGCUGCAACUUUCUGCAAUCUAUGUUGUUUACACUUUAAAGUUGCAGUAAGUCAACAACUGUACCAGGAUAUUAUAGUUACCACACCAAUUCCUUGCAUUUCCUGCCCAUGAGCACUCAGAGAUAUGUUUAUUUAAAUAU